UGCAAACAAGAUGGCGGACGAUCGAGGUCCUCGACGCCGCAAAAGGACUUUUUCGACAACCUCUACAAUCUCCACCGACGAUUAUCAAGAUGCCAGUGAGCAAAUCGUGGAAGAUAUUAGCCUAGAGUUUUUCUACAAGCCACGGUCCAUCACUGCUUUAGCGUGCCUGUUUGUUUACCUUGUAUAUUCAGCGUUCACGAGAAACCCAGAUGCCACUCGUGAAGAGAAUAUCUGGAGUGGAAUCGUGUCCCUUGCUGUUGUUUUUCUUGUUCUCAGCCUCCUUGUCAUGCCAAAUGGUCCAUUUAUCAGACCUCAUCCUGCUCUUUGGAGAUUGAUAUUUGGUGCCAGUGUUCUGUACAUGAGUUUUCUUGCAUUUGCUUUGUUCCAAACUUCUGAUGACUUCAGAAAUAUUCUGUUCUUCUUUGACCCUGGAUUACGAUCAGAAGGACCGGAUACAAAGGAAUAUGCUGUAAACUGUUCUCAGGUGACUUUGACGCGACUGUGGGGUCACUGUGAUAUCUUUGCCUUUGCACAUUUCUUUGGUUGGGCUCUAAAAGCUUUACUUAUUCGGAAUGCAUGGCUGUUGUGGAUUGCAAGCAUAACGUGGGAGGUCACUGAGGUGUUCUUUUCUCACUUGUUGCCCAAUUUUGCGGAAUGUUGGUGGGAUGCACUGCUGUUAGAUUUCUUGAUCUGUAAUGGCUUAGGAAUCCAUUUUGGACUGUAUGUGUGUAAGAAGUUGGAGAUGCGCAACUACCAUUGGGAAAGUAUCAAGGAUAUUCAGACGACCACUGGAAAAUUGCGUCGAGCAGCUAUGCAAUUUACACCUGCAAGCUGGACUCAUGUUCGCUGGAUGGAUCCCAAGUGUUCAUACAUGCGAUUCUUUGCCAUAUAUCAGUUGUUGAUAAUUUCUCAGAUUGUGGAGCUUAACACAUUCUUCCUUAAACACAUUCUGUGGGUUCCAACAUCACACUGGUUGAAUUACUUCCGUCUGUUUAUUAUCAGUCUCACUGUGGCACCUUCCUUGAGGCAGUACUAUGUGUACAUUACAGACACUAGAAGCAGGCGACUUGGAACUCAGGCGUGGGUGCUAAUAGUCAUUACCUGUCUUGAAGCUCUUAUUUGUAUUAAAUAUGGACUGGACAUGUUCAAGAAAACAGAACUAGUCAGCAUAACGUUAUGGUUGCUCUUUCAGAUGGCAGUCAGUUUGAUGGUUUUGUAUUUCAUGGUAAUGACAAAAUCAAAGGGGGUCAAUAUAAUGAAGGCAAACAUUGUGGAGAGACUAAAAAUGCUCAAGAAAUACGGAACGAAGAAGCCGACGUUCCUGGAGGAAAUUCCAGCAGAAGAUUCUAAAACCAAAACCCUUAACUACAUCAAAACAAACGGUAAUCAUUUAUUGCAAGAAGACGAUCACGUGCACCACGCUGGUCUCGCUAAUGGCGGCUACCAGAAUGGAACAGUGAUGCGAGGGGAGAAGCAGCAGCAAGAGAGGAGCUUGAGAUCCACUAAACACAACCACGUGACACGUCUUGACCACAAACCCACCGCUGAUCUAAGCCAUGUGCGGGCACAAGGAACCCGGAAGAGGAGGCCGAGGAAAAGCGAGUUAGGAGGACACUCAGGGGGGGUUAACGAUGAAGUGCAAACUCGUCUAAGGACGAGAAAGUCUCACGCAGGACUUUAACUGUUAAACUGCAUACUAAUAUUUAUCAAUCUGAAAAUACUAUGGAUGUACCGUAGAUAAUUUUUGAGCAGAAACCUCAAGUAUGGACUUUACCUUCUUGAGUGUGUUCUGUUCACCUCAGGGAUUUUCAAACUAAGCCAACACAUAUUUAAUUAACUUUAUUUUUGAAGUAAUUUUGUUGCUUGAACAGUCGCUUUUAUAUUUCCAAAGAUAUGGAGAAUUCCAGAAGCUGUAAUGAUUCUAUCGUUCAGGUACAGAACUCGAAGAUAUUUAAAUAACUGGGAUUUUUUUGUGCUUUCCCGUCUUAUUGGCCUACUUUAGUUUCCCAAACAAAUCGAUUUUCUUCAUUGCUUAAAACUGUUAAUGACAGAACAUCAGUGUGCCCAGUACAAAAAUUGAUUUAUAAAUUCUACCUGGGGUUUAUAAUACCCAUGUAAUAACCAUGUAUUAGAACAGAAUGAAAAGGGAAAUUGAAGAACACAGGUAACUAAAAUGUAUAAGUUCUCUAUAUGAUUUUAGUAAUUUAUAUCUAUGAAGAAAAUUGUCACAUUUGCUAUUGAAAGAUUAUGCUUACUGCGAUUGUAUCACGCGAUAUACGACAAAACUAAUCACGCAAUCUUUAUAAAAAUGUCACUACAAGCAUUACAUGUGUCACGCGUGUCACAAUAUUGGGUUAGCUUGGUACUGCUUUACUUCAGAUGGAAUGUUGAGAGAAGUCCGGUGCUUAUAUUAGUAGUAACGCUGAAGCUCUUCAUGAACCUGUCUGUAGGGAUGAGAUAUUUUGGUUAUUUAAUGCUUUGAUAAGAUUCUCUGAUUUUUACAUGAUACACAUACACGUAGCUCUGUAAAAAAAAGUUGGUAAGCAACACCAUGUUACCUCUCCGUAGCGUUGCCCCAAGUUGUGAUUUUGACUAUGAAUUCCGCUAGGUAAGUAAUCCAGUGAAAAAUAAACAAUAAC